CUUUCCUCUCCCUCAAGUUUCCAGCUGGCAGGGAGAAAUAGGUUGACAGAGUACAUGCUCGCACCGAGGCUAUAAAGAAGAAGUCAGGCUUGAAGAGGCGGAAAAAAAGAACAAAUAAACCUGGAUUUGCGCUCUCAUCGGCAUCCGGUGAGGGAUAUGAAGAAGACAGAUAAGAACAUGGAAAUGAACUGUAAGGGUUUGAAAGGACGACAGGGGAAAUUUGUUGUCCUCAUCUUUUAUCUCCAGAUGUUGUCCAGCCCCGUGGCCGAAGCAAUUCAUCCGGACUGCGCCAUCAUCUCCCAGCACCUGAGGGCUCGUGAGAUAUGUAGCCAGACGAGGAGGAGCGAGGCGCAAAACCAGACCGACCACAGCGGAUGUAAAACAGAGUGGGAUGAGAUCGGGUGCUGGCUGAGAGCUGAGGUUGGGCAGGUGGUCAAUUUGUCCUGCUCUGAAGUCUUCCAGCAUUUCUCCAGCAAUCAAGGGUAUGUUUACAGGAACUGUACUGCUGACGGUUGGUCGGAAAUGUAUCCACCCUAUGAGGAGGCCUGCGUGUUCAGCGAUGACAGCGAGCCUGAGUCCGAGACGAGUUACCUUUAUACCUUCAGACAGGUUUACACCGUAGGCUACGCCACGUCACUCAUCUCCCUCAUUACAGCCAUCGUGGUGUUCGCAGCCUUCAGGAAGUUCCGCUGCACCAGAAACUACAUCCACAUCAACCUGUUCGCCUCCUUCAUCCUGAGAGCCAGUGCCGUCUUCAUUAAAGACACCGUGCUGUUUGCUGAUGAGACCUUGGACCACUGCUCCAUGUCCACGACAGCGUGCAAGUCAGCUGUGGCUUUCUUCCAGUUCAGCAUCCUGGCCAAUUACUUCUGGCUGCUGGUGGAGGGCAUGUAUCUGCAGACGCUGCUGGCGCUGACCUUCGUCUCACAGAGGAAAUACUUCUGGUGGUACAUCCUGAUUGGAUGGGGGCUCCCAUCUACAGUUCUCAUACUGUGGGUUUUGACCAGAUUCUUCUAUGAUGACAGAGGUUGCUGGGAUGACACAGACAAUGUUGGCAUCUGGUGGAUUAUUAAGGGACCAAUAACAGCCUCACUGCUGAUCAACAUAGUCAUCUUCGUCAACGUCAUCCGGAUUCUGGUUCAAAAGCUUAAAUCUUCUGCCAUGACUGGGAACAAUGACACUGGACACUUUAUGAGGCUGGCAAAAUCCACCCUGUUCCUGAUUCCUCUGUUUGGGAUGCACUACACUGUAUUCGCCUUCCUGCCUGAGAACACUGGAGUAGCAGCCAGACUCUACAUCGAGCUGGGACUGGGCUCCUUUCAGGGGUUUGUGGUGGCGCUUCUUUACUGUUUCAUGAAUGGAGAGGUCCAAACAGAGCUGCGAAGGUGGCUGUGGAAGUGCCACAAUCAAAGUCAUCUCACACCAGCUAAGAGAAGCAUCACUCAGAUCACAAUUCGGACUCAUGGGGGGCUCGGGCUGCCGGCUUCUAGUGGCAACAUCUCUUCUGUAUGAUUUCAGUGAUCAUUAAUGAAGAGAAUGUUUUGCAAAGGAAAAGGAAGGGGAAAAAAUGAAUCAGUCCUUGGAGCUGAACAUGGUGAUGACAUUAAUUCAACAACCCCUCUGUAAGAACAGGUUACCAGAAUGAGCACAGGUGAGUGAGGAGGAAAUGUAUCAGGAUGCAUUAUACUGAUUUCAGAAGCAGUUGUGGCUGCAGUUUACGGAUGGUACAGGACACAUUUCUCAUUUGAAACACAGCGUGCUCUUUCUUGCACCGUCUCCGAUGGUGGUUGAUUUGUAAGGAUGUCACGGUGCCACAGAGCAAAGAGGAAAACCUGGGGACAGAGCUGGCCCUGAGUUAAUGACUGAGCAAAAAUGUUGAGGAAUCAUAUUUAGCAUUUGCAGACACAUGACGACAAACCUCAGAUGUUAAUUUGUCUGCUAUUUUGAGUGUGCGAGCAUGGUGACAUUGCAGUAAUAAUGCUAAUAGUAAUGCUAAUAAUAAUGCUAACAGUAAUGCUAAUAAUAAUAACAACAAUAAUUAUUUUAUUUAAAAAAUGGAGUUACAAAAUUAGUAGUUUGGAUGAAACCAGAUGUAUAAUGUACAUGUCCAAACACAGUCAAACAUCUUACAGUACAUUCACUCCUGCAUACACACAUUAGAAGAACAAGAACCAAAAUAAUGGGAAAAGACUAAGGAAAUGUUAUCCUAUAAAAAAAUUAGGUUUUAACCGUCAUUUAAGACAAACCACAGAUUCACCUGACCUGACAGUAUUAGAUGACAGGGUCACCUCCAGUAGAAACAGAACUGGACGUAAGGGGAGUAUGGUGUCACAGUGAGGAACUGAGUGGAAAAGCAGUUGGUUCUGCAGCAGGAGUGUAGAGAAGCUAAGUGCUUAGCUUGUGUAGUGAUGACAGACGAGAACUCCAUGGUUAGCUCAUCCUUCAUCUUCAGUUCCUGCUUUACCUGGCGGAUGUCAUCUUUUAACUGUAUGUAUGCUGGCAAGCAGUGUCAACACACUGCCAUAAUAGUGCUUAAUAGCUGUUGAAGGUAGCAAGCUCUUAGCAAGCAGGCUAAAAACAAAACAAGGAGCUAGGCUAACAUUGACCCCACCUAAUAAAGCCACCAAACCCGGUUUCAGGAAAGGUGUCAAGUUGCAGCGGUGACAGUAACACAGUAGCAAAUUGAUCCAAAGGAAAUUACUAAAUCCACCAAAACACAAAAUUCAAGAAAAACUGGCCUAGAGGCCAGUCAGUGACUGCCUGGCAAUUACCGGUUAGAAGGAAAAAAGUUUAUUUCCCAACUAGUUAAAAGUGUUUGCUGGAGGUUAAACAGGCCUAUAGAUAGGUCAGUAACCACCUAGCAACCCCCUGUUUCUAGGGAAAAAUGUGUAUUCCCCAACCUUUUGAUUGCUUUCGCUGCUAGCAUGCUGCUGUGGUCAUUAUUUGAAUGAAAGUGAUUUGUCUACAGACGUUGUCUAGUUAACCCCUUUUCCCAUUAAUACCUACUCGGAUUGACUCACCACGACUCACCACGUCUUGACUCGGAUCGACUGGUUUUCCAUUACAACUGAGUACCACCUAAUGUGCAUGGUCGUUGUUAUAGAAACAGGGCUGUGCGUCGAUAAAUAAACGGUUAAUGUAUGAAAUGAACUCUACAACAAAGGUGGACAUCAAGGCAAGAAUAUACCUGCUGCUCAGUCUGUGCUCAGACUUGGGGACCAUGGCCUUGUUUUUUGUAGCCAUUUCCCCUCGUUGCUGGGUUUCAAAAUAAGUGUUUUGGAUUUUCGUGAAUGGGACGCUCUCAUGACUCAUUAUGCGAUGCCCCUGACCAGCCAAUUGGUGGCAUGCAGUCUGACCACGUCACAUUUUAGCACAUGCUCGGUUCACUAUGAACCCUGGCCAAGCAGGUGCUAUUUUAGUACCUGGUCCAGAUACUAUAACCUAAUAGAAGACCCUGAAAACCGUGGUGAACCAUGGCAAGUCAAUCCGAGUAGGUUCUAAUGGAAAAGGGGCUUUUAUCUCAAGCUGUAGUAAAACUGUGAAAAAAAAGUGGAGACUGUGUGUCUGCAAAGUAUAAGUUGUGCCUUUUAAAAAAAUGUGGGCCGCAGUGCUGAAGCUCCUUGUUUAGACACAGAAAUAGACUUUAUUUAUUUCACACUGGGGAAAUUCACAUUUUACAGCUGCACAAGGGUCAGCAAGAUCAUGUAAGUAGAGCCAUAUUAGAGAAAAAAAAAUCUUUGCAUUCAAUUACACCCAACAGCCUCCAGGAACCACUAAUGACCAGUUGUCAAGUGGUUGGUGUUUUUCAUCAAUAUUGAAGACAACUCUUGAGCAAUGGGCUCAUGACAUGGGAAACCUCAAUACAGACAGCUGUGGAAACACUGGAUUUGGGAACUCGCUAACAUAUGUGAAAUAGUUCUGUGCUGCAAGGAGCAGGAGCAGCCUAUGCUGGAAACUUUUGAAGGACCACUCAGGAUCUGUGCGUGCUUGCUCACUUAGCAUUUCACUGACUGAAAUAUAUAUUAUGUAUAUCUAUAUAUAAUUGUUUAAAUUACUGAGCUCCAGAGAGGCCAGGACAAGCAUUUUGCAUUGCCAUUAAUUACAUACAUCAUGUAAAUCAUGUCUUAACUUAUUAUUUUGAUGAUGAGCCAUUGGAUUUGUGAAUAUUUAUUUGCUGUUUUCCACAUAUUUAUGGUGUUGUUAGAUGUGAUAAAUCAUGAGCAUUUGAUGUACUAGUAGCACUUAGAGAAAUACCAAAUUUUUAAAAGAGUGCCUGGCAUUUACAUGAUAAAAUGUCAUAAAAUGGUGAUGUUUAACAAGACUGGGCUGGUUACCCACACUCUGACAAUGGUCCAAAGUUACAGCACAAUAAAACAGAGCACCUCUUAUUUGUGCAUUCAAGUGCUCCUCAGGUGGUCCAAUUUUUGGAGUUGGAAAGUCAUUUUUCAGAGUUCUGUGUGUUCAUGUGCUUUUACAACACUUCCUCACCCCAGGGUGUCAAAUUAUGCCUUUCUGUGAGAUGUGCCUGGGGUUGCAGAGAUGCACAAAUGUCUUUUCAGACUUUCUGUGUUGUUGUUCCGACUUCAGGGGACGUUCACGUGAAUUUUUUAGUAUGUGUGCACACAAAUGUAUAUUGAGAAUUGUACAACCAUUAAGCCUUUGCAUUUGUAAUUAUGUAAUUAUUUUAAGCAGCAGUUUGUUAGAUUUGCUCACCGUAAAGACUGGGAACAGCUUGCUUAACUAUAUUCCCUAAAGUAAUAGUUCAUCCAGCAUCUCUGAAGUUAAGUUUGGUUUAACUUCAUAUGCUGGAUCUCAGCCCUUACAUUUUUUUAAGGCUUUUAUAUUCAGCAAAGCUGCAGACCCAUUAGUGUACAAAAAGCUGUACAGUAUUGCAAGUGUAUUUAUUUUUUUCAAAACAAAAAUAAUUCACUAUACAAGAUCUGUAACACAAAGAUAGUAUCAGAUUAACUAGACACAAUUGACAUCAAACACUGUAACAGUGUACCCGUGCAUGUAAUGCACAGUAAUAGAUGAACCAUUUGUGGUUUUAAAAGUAUUCAGUGUUUACUUUUUCCAUCUAAGAAUAGGAUUUCCUUUCUAUCAGAAUUUUAACCAGGACCUAAAAAAAGCACAUUUUCUCCUUUCACCAAAUACAGUGUUGGACCUGAAGCCAAACCUCACCUUCCUCAGACCCUCUUUAUUCCUCAGUAGGGAUGGGUAUUGAUAAGAUUUUCACGAUUCCGAUUCCAUUUUCGAUUCUGUUUAACGAUUCGAUUCUUUAUCGAUUCUCUUAUCGAUUCUUUUUAAAAA